ACCCCAAAGCUUCUUUCUUUUCAACGCUCUCAGUUGCAAGCACUACCAAAACAAAACUAUUUUUUCAAUUUGAAGAUGAUGACAAUGAUAUCCAUAAAUCAUUUCAAUCAUGAACAAGAACCCACUUCGAUAAUCGCUCCAUUUUGUAUCUAAUCCGUCAAACUGAAACGAAAACGAAGCGAUAAUGGAAUUCCCUCCAAGUUUUUUCAAAGGGUUUACUUCUUCUGAGGAGUAUGCGUUGAAGGAGAUGAUGAUGAUGAGAGGGGGUUGUGGUCGGACGACGUCGUCUUCUUCAUUGGUGUUGGAUAAUGAAAGGGGAGAGAUAGUGAGAGCUCUGGUUAGACCUGGCAGUAUUCAUCAUCAUCAUCAUCAUCAUAAUUCUCAUGUUCAUCAUCAUCAAAAGGGGGCAAAAGCAGAGAAGGCUUUAAUGGCUUUGAGGAAUCAUAGCGAGGCGGAGAGACGGCGGAGAGAGAGAAUCAACGGCCAUCUCUCUAUGCUUCGUAGCCUCAUUCCAGGCACUACUAAGAUGGACAAAGCAUCAUUACUAGCCGAAGUCAUCUCCCAUCUAAAUCAAAUGAGGAAAACAGCCACCGAAUCCACCAAAGGCGUUCUUAUACCAAUGGACAUCGAUGAAGUAAAAGUCGAACAACAAGAUGACACCAUUGGUCUCAAUGGAUCCUCAUAUUCCAUUAAAGCCUCUUUAUGUUGCGAGUAUAAACACGAAGUCCUCUCAGAUUUGAAAGAGGCCAUCGAUGGACUCCAUUUAAAAACAAUUCGGGCAGAAAUUGCAACUUUAGGAAGCAGAAUGAUUAACCUUUUUGUAAUUACGGGUAGCAAAGAUGAUGUGAACAUCAAGGAUGUUGUGAGUUCGGUUCGCCAAGCUCUCAAAUCGGUGCUUGAUAAGUUUUAUGCCUCACAGGAGUUCUCGGAAAACAAUGCGCUUUCAAACAAAAGACGGAGGGUGUCAUUUUUUACCCCUGAAAACUCUUCUUCUUUAGGAGACUUUUGGUAAAUGAAGUGAUAUCUGCAAGGCCCCAUUUGUUACGCAGAACAGGAUAGGACAGAAUAGUAGUAGUUCAGUUGUAUGUGAAAAAGUCGAAAAUUUCUUCCUCAUAGUCAUGUCCCGUGUAACAAACGGAGCCUAAAUAGAUUGUGUUUCUAUGUGUUUGGGCAUACGAAAUCAAAUUUAACAUAUUUCGUUUCUGAUUUAGAAAUGGAAGGUCAUUUGUACGAUAGUUAAACAUAAUAUGUAUGUCGAACAAGUUAUUGUAAGUUUUAGUUGUAGAUAAUGAAAUCAUUACAUAGAUCUCUGUUCAUCA